AUGAGCAGAAUGAGCGGUCUCUGGAACAAAGAAGCCAGCACGCCCGCGGCCCCAACCCCCCAACUCCUCGCCGGCAAAACCAUGGCCAUCACCGGCGGCGUCACAGGCAUCGGUCGCGCCAUCGUCCUGGCCUACCUGCAGCACGGCGCCAACGUAGCCGUCAACCACAUGGGCGACGCGCAGUCGAGCGCACAAUUCGAGUCGCUGGUGGAAGAGGCGGCGCAGGCGCAGCAAGUAAGCAAAGAGGAGAUGCGGAAGCGGGUGGUGCAGGUACCGGGGGAUGUAGGCGAGCCGGAGACGGGCAAGGCGCUGGUGGGCGCGGUGGUUGAGAAGUGGGGACGGUUGGAUGUGGUGAUAAGCAAUGCUGGGAUUUGCGAGUUCAAGGAGUUUUUGGACAUAACCCCAACCCUCUGGUCAAAAACCCUAUCCACAAACCUCACCGGCGCCUUCCACACCCUCCAAGCCGCCGCCCACCAACUAACCUCCCAAUCCCCCCCCGGCGGCUCGAUAAUCGGCAUAUCCUCCAUCAGCGCCCUCGUCGGCGGGGCCUCGCAAGCCCACUACACCCCCACCAAAGCCGGCGUCCUCUCCCUCAUCCAGUCCGCCGCCUGCGCACUCGGCAAAUACGGGAUCCGAUGCAAUGCGCUGCUGCCGGGGACGAUUCGCACGCAGCUGAAUGAGGAGGAUUUGCGGGAUGAGGAGAAGAGGCGGUAUAUGGAGGGCAGGAUUCCGUUGGGGAGGACGGGGGUGCCGGCGGAUUUGGCGGGGCCGGCGGUGUUUUUGGGGAGUGAGUUGAGUGGGUAUGUGAAUGGGGGGCAGUUGUUGGUGGAUGGGGGGUUGUUUGUGAAUUUGCAGUAG